GGGCACGCCGGGAGGCGCGGUGCCCGUUAGCGACAAGACGCGCGGGGCACGCCGGGAGGCGCGGUGCCCAGGCGGGCUCGGCCCUCGCCCGGCGGCGGCGGCUGAGAGGCGGAGCGGCGGCGGGUCGCGAUGCUGCGGCGGAAACCGACGCGGCUGGAGCUGAAGCUGGACGACAUCGAGGAGUUCGAGAGCAUCCGGAAGGACCUGGAGAGCCGCAAGAAGCAGCGGGAGGACGCGGAGGUGGCGGCGGCCGGCGAGGAGGCGGCGGCGGCGGCGGCCAUCGCGCUGGGCGCCGACCACAAGAGCCGGGAGCAGAUCAUCAAUGACCGCAUCGGCUACAAGCCGCAGCCCAAGGCCGGCGGCCGCGCCGCCCACUUCGGCACCUUCGAGUUCUAGCGGCGGGGGCGGCCCGGCCGACCGGGAGACGGCGUCCGGGGAGCCGCCAGCUCCCCCUCGCCAGCCGGGAGAGGCCCCCAGGCCGGCGGGGACGGGCCUCUCCCUCCCUCCUUUUUGCUGUUUUCUUUGGUUGGGGUCUUUUUUUUUUUCUUUUUAAGUUUGUCUGGUUAACAUGCCCGUGAAUGCCCCUUG